ACCACCUCCAUCCCCACCUCAGCAUCCGCAUCGCACGUCUAGCAUGGGCAAGCCGUCGACCGUCGGCGGCAAGCAGAAUUUCCGGCCCAACAAGGGCGUCCUCUUCGGCGCGGGCAACGACGAGCUGCAGCGGCCCAAGACGCGCGCCUCGCCCGUGCCGCCGCCGCUCGAGUCGCACGCCUGGCCGGCAAACGUGCGGCGCCUGACACACUGCGUCGCCUCGCCGCUGCUGCCUCAGCACUUGCACUCGUUGUGCGCCGAGAUCGACGACGCCGACCCGCACUCGGACGCCAGCACGGCGGGGUGCGUCGUCGUGCGCCUCAUCCCGCGCACCAGCCCGCACCCGGCGCGCGGCCAGUACGGCCUCUUUGCGGCGCACGACCUGCCGCCGCGCACGCCGCUCUGCGCCUACUUUGGCACGCUGCACACGCAGCAGGAGACCAACGAGAAGAGCGAGUUCGACCUGGGCAUCGAGGGCCCGGCGGGCGAGCAGCUGGGCAUCGACGCGACCAAGGCUGGCAGCAUUGCGCGAUUCUGCAACGACUACCGCGGCAUCCUGCCGCGCGCCAACGCCGAGUUCAAGGACUUCGUCGCCGAGGCGGCCGGCUCCUCUGCGGCGCCGCAAGGGCUGAGCGAGACGGCCUCGCUGCAGAAGGCGCUGCCCGGCGCGGCGCGCAGCGGCGCGGCGCGGAAAGCUGCGAGCGAGAGCGAGAGUGAGGAGUCAGACUCCGGGAAGGAGGAUGAGGAGUACUCUGAGAGCGGACAAGAGCAAGACGCUCCCGCCCAGGCUGCCGCUGCGCCUGCACCGCCCGCACGGCGGCCACGCGUGCUCGGCCAGGCCAUCUACUCUGGCUCCAAGCCGAUCAAGCGCGGCGAGGAGGUCUGCGUAAGCUACGGCAAGGGCUUCUGGAGCGGGCGGGAAGGAGGCGGCGGCUAGGCAGCAAAGCACGCCGCAAGGGGCAAGUCUCUGGGGUCACACGUCACGAUCAAUACACCGCGCUACAACUGCAACGUCGCGCUGUGCCGUUUU